AUGGAUGUCUACUUGAUGUUUCAAUGUCACAAGACAACAAUCUUCACUGAGGCCAAAGAGACAACAACUGAGCAUGAGUUGGAAAAGGUGGUGAGGCCACUGGAGGAGCAGCAGCUCUACAAAGAUGACCAGCUGCUGGAUGAUUAUGAUAGGACUUUGUUAGACUGUGGUUUAAGCAGCCAAAGCUGUCAUCUUCAUGUUCUUGCCACAAUGGGCUUGGCUUUAUUUAGAUCUGGCAAUGGCACCUUUGAACCAUUACGUAUUGACUCCUUCUCAAGCAGCCCAGAACUACCUGAUGUUAUGAAGUCACAGGAGUUAGGUAGCAGCUCUAGUGAGCAAGCCUUGCACUAA